AUGAAUGGAAUUCAAUUAGUUUUACAAAGAGAACGAAGAAAUUGGACUAACUCGGUGUUAGCGUGUGAUGGUCUUUUGAGGGGCUCUUUUGACGGAUUUUAUCGCCUGUCAAAUCCUCCGUCCAGCUUCACAAGGGCUUGGACGGGAAUAUCGAGGCGCAGCAUACUGCAGUGGAGUACAGGAAACGAAACAGCCCCAUUUGAGUGUCUGGCUGUUAGUAAGGAAAAUAAAUCAGUUGUAUAUAUCCAGUCUAAAAACUGCAGUGAUCUGCUGCCUUCACUAUGUGAACAGGAAGAAAUAACAACCCAGAGAGCUAGGUUAAAAACAAAAGCCCAGAGCAUGGGGUUUGAAACGAUAACCCAGAGAAUGGAGGUGAUCACAUAUUCUGGAACACCACCUGAAGAAUCCACACAACAGGAGAUCAGAAGUUUCGCCGAUUACAACCAAUGCCAUCCUGAUGACAAUGGCGAGCAUUUAAAAAAAUAUAUUUGA